AUGAUUAAAUCACAAAGUGAAUCAGAUCAAGAAUCGAGUUUAAGUGAUAAUGGUGGCGGUUUUGUGAUUAAUGAUAAGAAUAGCAAUAAGAGAAGAAAAACUGGAAGACGAACUCCUCAAAGAAAAACAACAAGAAAAACAUCAUAUGUUGAGAUCGACGAUGAUAGUAGUGAUGAAGAAGUAGAUUCAGAUACUUUUGCAAAUGUUGAAACACCUAAGCAAACGCGUUCCAAAACUACGCGUUCUAAAAAAGUUACACCUAAACCUGAGUCUUCAGAUGAUGAUGAUGAUGAAGAAUUCACUUUAAGUUUAGAGGAAAUCAAUAAUGAUGAUGAUACAUCCGAUGAUAAUGAUGUUCAAAUUGUGAGUUCAAGUUUUCAAGACCCUGAUGGAUCAUCAAGAAAUUUAGCUAUUGAAUUAACUUCAGAUGAUGAUAUACCGUUGGCAAAUAGAGAGCAACCUACACCACCACCAGCAACAGCAGAACAGGUAGCAGAAGAACAACCUAAACCCAAAAAGCGAGCAGCCCCCAGAAAGAGAAAACCUGCAAAACCAAAAGUAUCUCAUUAUGAACGUUCAACUAAUAAUCUUUAUACACAUCAUCCAGAAUUAGUAAAUGUUUUCACUGAUUUAGCAAGCUAUGAAGGAAUAAAACCCGAAAGAGCUCCUCAUCCUGAAGGUAUGACUUUAAGAAUGUUGCCGUUCCAAUUAGAAGGUUUAAAUUGGUUAUUGAAACAAGAAGAAGGUAGAUUUCAAGGUGGUAUACUAGCAGAUGAAAUGGGUAUGGGUAAAACUAUUCAAACUAUUGGAUUAUUUAUGGAUGAUCCUACAAAAAAACCCAAUUUAGUUGUUGGUCCAACUGUUGCUCUUAUGCAAUGGAAAAAUGAAAUAGAAAAACAUACUGAUGGUAAAUUAAAAGUUUUAUUAUUUCAUGGUGGUAAUAGAGUCAAUAAAGUUAAAGAACUAGAAGGUUAUGAUGUUAUAUUAACGUCUUAUGCAGUCUUAGAGUCAUCUUUUAGAAAACAAAACUAUGGUUUCAAAAGAAAAGGUAACAUGGUUAAAGAAAAAUCAGCAUUACAUAAUACUGAAUUUUAUAGAGUUGUUUUAGAUGAAGCUCAUAAUAUUAAAGAUAGAACUUCAGGUACUGCAAGAGCUGCUAAUCAUUUGAAAACCAAAAAAAGAUGGUGUUUAACUGGUACUCCAUUACAAAAUAGAAUUGGAGAAAUUUAUUCAUUAAUUAGAUAUAUGAAGAUUUGGCCAUUCCAUAUGUAUUUUUGUACAAAAUGUGAUUGUUCAAGCAAUGAUUGGAAAUUUUCAAAUGGUAGAACUUGUGAUGGUUGUGGACAUACUGGUAUGCUACAUACAAAUUAUUUCAACCAUUUCACCCUUAAAAAUAUAUUAAAAUUUGGUUUAGAAGGUGAUGGUAUGGAAAGUUUUAGAAAUUUAAGAUUAUUAUUGAACAACAUAAUGUUAAGAAGAACUAAAGUUGAAAGAGCUGAUGAUUUAGGAUUACCACCAAGAAUUGUUGAAAUUAGACAUGAUAAAUUUAAUGAAGAAGAAAGAGAUUUAUAUACAUCACUUUAUAGUGAUUCUAAAAGAAAAUUCAAUGAUUAUGUUGCCGAAGGUGUGGUUUUAAAUAAUUAUGCUAACAUCUUUACAUUAAUUACAAGAAUGAGACAAUUAGCUGAUCAUCCAGAUUUAGUUUUGAAAAGAUAUGGUACAAAUCAAAUUGCAAAUUCAAUUGAUGGAGUUAUUAUGUGUCAAUUAUGUGAUGAUGAAGCUGAAGAACCUAUUGAAUCUAAAUGUCAUCAUAGAUUCUGUAGAUUAUGUAUUCAAGAAUAUAUUGAAUCAUUUGAUGGAGCAAGUAAUAAAUUAACUUGUCCAGUUUGUCAUAUUGGGUUAUCAAUAGACUUAGAACAACCAUCAAUUGAAGUUGAUGAAGAAUUAUUUACAAAAGCAUCAAUUGUUAAUCGUAUUAAACAAGGUUCACAUGGUGGUGAAUGGAGAUCAUCUACAAAAAUCGAAGCAUUGGUUGAAGAAUUAUAUAAAUUAAGAUCAGAUAAACAUACUAUAAAAUCAAUUGUAUUUUCACAAUUCACAUCAAUGUUAGAUUUAAUUGAAUGGAGAUUGAAAAGAGCUGGUUUCCAAACAGCAAAAUUAUCAGGUUCAAUGUCACCGCAACAAAGAGAUAACACUAUUAAAUAUUUCAUGGAUAAUAUUGAAGUUGAAGUAUUUUUGGUUUCACUAAAAGCUGGUGGUGUUGCAUUAAAUUUAUGUGAAGCUUCUCAAGUAUUUUUAAUGGAUCCAUGGUGGAAUCCAAGUGUUGAAUGGCAAUCAAUGGAUAGAGUUCAUAGAAUCGGACAAAAGAGACCAAUUAGAAUUACUAGAUUUUGUAUUGAAGAUAGUAUUGAACUGAAAAUCAUUGAAUUACAAGAAAAAAAAGCAAAUAUGAUUCAUGCAACAAUUAAUCAUGAUGAAGCUGCUGUUAGUAAACUAACUCCUGAUGAUUUACAGUUCUUAUUUAUGAACUAA